AUGGCACCAUCACAAGGGAAUGCUGUUCAGAACAACCCUCCAUCGAGGGUAGUGUACCUUGGCUCUAUUCCAUAUGACCAGACGGAGGAGCAGAUAUUAGAUUUGUGUAGCAAUGUGGGGCCUGUCGUGAGCUUGAAGAUGAUGUUUGACUCGCAGACGGGGAAGUCGAAGGGUUACGCUUUUGUGCAAUACCAGGACCUGGAGUCCAGUGCCUCUGCGGUGCGAAACCUGAAUGGGUACCAGCUGGGGUCACGGCUGCUGAAGUGCGGGUACUCUUCUAACAGCGAUAUCACUGAUCAAGGCGUUGGGAAUGCGAACAACAGCGCUAUGGAUGAAUACAAUGAGGAAAUGCUGUCCAAUAGUAUAAACAGAAGAUUCCCACAACUUCCGCAAGGUGUGGACGUCAAUAUAAACAUGACCACUCCAGCUAUGAUGAUCAGUAGUGAGCUGGCGAAGAAAUCUCCACAAGAACAGAAAAACUUGUUAAAAGUCUUCCAAAAGUGGACACGGGAGAAUCCUGAGGAUGCUGUAUAUUUGUUACAAGAAUGCCCACAACUUUCCUUUGUAAUUGCAGAAUUGUUAUUGACCACUGGCAUAAGUAAAGUCGAUGAACUGACGCAGCUAGCUGAGAGUAACCAAACUGGCUCCCAGGGUAAUAUAACUUCAGAUAUUUUGAAUAAUGACAAAACAAUAGACCCAGCUGUGCGGGCCAAGAAAAUAGAGUUACUAAGACAAGUUCUUCAACUGAGUGACGGAGAGAUAGCAAUUUUGCCUUAUGAUGAAAAAAUGGUAAUUUGGGACUUGAAGCAAAAGGCUUUGAGAGGAGAAUUUGGCGCAUUGUGA